AUGUUGAUGCCCAAUAUCUGGCUCGCAGUCACGUUCCUUGUGUCCCUUGUACUGGCUUUACAGGUGGAGUUGCCUGCCAUGCAAGACCCAACUCCAACGUGUAUUCGUGAUUUCGUUGGCAGAGAUCAGAUGGUCGUUGUCAACCUCAAGACCACUGGAUACCGUGGAGAUGGCCAGCAAUUGCUGUUGACCGUUCAUGACACACUUGGAAACAGAUUUUACAAAAAAGAUGACAUCAGUGGUGAGGUCAGAGCCGUUUUUACCACACAAGAUGCCGCUGCCAUUGACAUCUGUCUCACUAAUCGCGUUGAGCCCGGCCGUAACAGAGUAUACUUGACCAGAGAAAUCGAGAUUGACGUGGAGAGCGGUGCUGCUGCCAGAGACUGGAAUGCUGUCCAGGCUGCCGAGAAGUUGCAACCUGCCGAGGUUGAAUUGAGAAGAAUCGCUGAAAUGACCAGCGAGAUUGCACACCAAUUGCUGUAUUUGAAAAACAGAGAGGCGAGAAUGAGAGACACCAACGAGAGCACGAACUCCAGAGUCAAAUGGUUCUCUGUGCUCAUUGUCCUUGCCUUGAUCGGCUUGGGCGGCUGGCAAAUCCAGUACUUGAGGCAUUACUUCAAGGUUAAGCAUAUCAUUUAG